CCCUCUCCUCAGCUCUGCUGUUUCACUCUCCAUUCUGUGUGUCUCUAGGCACUUGGAUCUCCUUGACUUGGCCAGUUUUUGAUUUGAUCAAUGACUUGUGGAUAUAUUUGGAUAUAGGUGUUGUGGAAUUACUUCACUAACAGUGCCCCUCCUCCUCCUGCUCUCAUCUCAUCCAUCAAAGCCCAUGACAGCAGAUCAGCCAACAUGGCAUUCUCAUCUCGCUUUUCCUUCUGGGAGCAAAAGAUCAAAGAAGAGAACAAGCCAGGCAGCAAAAGUUCAGACAGUGAUGGACUGCCCAACCGGACAAAGUCAGUGCCAGCUGUAGACCCUGACAGGAGGUUAUUCCGGGCAAAAAGUCCUCCAUCAGUUUCCCCUACGGAGUCAGUAACCCGGGUCAGGAGUCCCUCCCCACCUAAAGUCAGGACACCUCUUGAAAUGCCAGAGCGCUUCAAAAGCUCUGAUCCACGGUCAAAGAUGGCCGAGCAAUUUAGGAGUCCUGAACCGCCAAAAGCUGCUCUGGGCGCAGAGCCAGUAAUGAACAGUGGGCGAGAGCAAAAUGGCAUAAUGGGCAUGGUUAAUGGUACAGCCAUCGGUAAUAUCAAACUUCCAGGCAUGAGUACCAACCAGAUGGAUACUACAGAUGACAAGGGUCUGACACGUAAGAAUGUAGUAAAGGUGGUUUGUUGUGUUGGCAGGAAGGUCCUGCCCACAGAAGAGGACGAGGCCACUGUGCCAACACAACCAUCAGACAAAGCUUCAGAAGCAGCCAAGCCUGCUGCUGAAUUAGUUAAAGUAAUUCCAGCAUCAGCUUCAGUGUCAAAGGCCCCUGUGAUGCCAGGGUUCACUUUUAAACAUGACGUCAUCAAAACAGAAGACAAAGAUGAUGUUUCGCGAGGCUUGAUCAACCCCAUGGUCAGAGGCAGGACAAGGGAGCCCCGACCACGAAUACACAAGGAUGAACGACCAGAAAAAAUAGAGUUAGAGAAGAAAAAUGAGAAGAAAGAGGAAAAAGUGGAGCUGGAGGAGAUAAAAAAGGAGAAGAAAGAGAAUAUAACCAUCCUAAAGCCACAGGAGUUCAAUCACAAACCUUCUUCUAAAUCGACUCAUUCCAGACCUUCAGCUCUCCCAACGGUUGUUGGCUUUAUCCCAGCUCCCAAGCCUUCACCCUUGUCUCCACCUCCUGACUUCAUACCUGCACCCAAACCAACUGCUGCAACAAAACCCACUCCUACGAAUCCUCCAUCUACCAACCCAGUGGCCCGAAAAUCUUCCUGCCUUUCUCCUCCGUGUUUCAUCCCAGCUCCUAAACCCUCUCCACUUGCAAUUUCUGUGAGCCCUGAUCCUCCCCGUCCCAAUCCUGGUCCACUGUCUCCCCCUCCUGGAGUCAUUUCCAUUCAACAACCUGCCGUCAGUCAACAAGAGGAGGCACUGCUCAGUCCCACUGAUGAGACUCAGAGACGCCUGAUGAGGAUCUUCAGUGCCCCUGUGAAGACAGAGGAGCAGAUCGCAGCGGAGCAGGCCUGGUAUGGAUCAGAGAAAGUCUGGCUAGUCCACAAAGAUGGUUUUUCCCUGGCCACCGUGGUGAAGACAGAACCUGGCUCCCUGCCAGAGGGCAAGAUGAAAAUCACACUGGAGCAUGAUGGGACAACACUGGAUGUGGACGAAGACGACAUAGAAAAGGCCAACCCUCCAUCAUACGACCAAUCAGAGGACCUGGCUUCCCUGCUCUAUCUGAAUGAAUCCAGUGUGAUCCACUGCCUGAGGCAGCGCUAUGGAGGCAACCUAAUCCACACCUACGCUGGACCCAACAUGGUAGUCAUCAACCCCCUUAGCACACCCUCCAUGUACUCUGAGAAGGUGAUGCACAUGUUCAAAGGCUGUCGGCGAGAGGACUCGGCUCCUCAUAUCUACUCUGUGGCCCAGUCGGCCUACCGCAACCUGCUCACCACCCGACAGGAUCAGUCCAUCGUGCUGAUGGGCAAGUCCGGCAGCGGCAAGACCACCAACUGCCAGCACCUGGUCCAGUACCUGGUGUCCAUUGCCGGGAGCACUGGCAAAAUCUUCUCUGCUGAGAAGUGGCAGGCGGUCUACACCAUCCUGGAGGCUUUUGGCAACAGCUCCACCUCUAUGAACACUAACGCCAGCCGCUUCUCCCACGUAGUAUCCCUCGACUUUGACCAGGCUGGGCAGGUGGCCUCCGCCUCCAUCCAGACUAUGCUGUUGGAGAAACUGAGGGUGAGCAGACGACCUGAGGCAGAGUCCACCUUCAACGUCUUUUACUACAUGAUGGCUGGAGCCGACAGCAGCCUGAGAACGGAGCUGCACUUUAACCACCUGGCUGAGAACAGUGCUUUUGGAAUCCUACCACAGUCUAAACCUGAGGACAAGCAGCGAGCCUCGCAGCAGUUCACCAAGCUGCAGGCAGCCAUGAAGGUGUUGGGCAUCUCUGGUGAAGAGCAGAAGGCCCUAUGGCUCAUCCUGGGGGCCGUUUACCACUUGGGGGCCGCAGGAGCCACUAAAGACGGAGAUGAAGCGGGGCGUAGGCAGUUUGCCCGUCAUGAAUGGGCCCAAAAGGCGGCCUACCUGCUGGGCUGUACCUUGGAGGAGCUGUCCUCUUCUAUCUUUAAGCACCAGGCCAAAGGACUGCAGCACUCCACCUCAUUCAGAGGAGGAUUGGAUGAGGCUGGUCAAGGUGACAGCUCAGGCUCUAAGGUAACAGCUCUGGAGUGUUUGGAGGCUAUGGCAUCUGGACUCUACUCUGAACUCUUCACUCUUGUCAUCUCCCUUAUUAACAGGGCUCUGAAGUCCAGUCAGCACUCUCUGUGCUCCCUGCUGAUCGUGGACACUCCAGGUUUCCAGAACCCUCAGAGGGCUCAGCAGCAGCGGGGAGCCACAUUUGAGGAGCUCUGCCACAACUACACCCAGGAGAGGCUGCAGACCCUGUUCCACGAACGCACCUUUGUCCAGGAGCUGGAGAGAUACAAGGAGGAAAACAUAGCGCUUGCUUUAGAUGACAUAGAGUCCAGUACCUCACUGUCUGUAGCAGCUAUUGACCAAGCCUCAACCCAAGCUCUGGUGCGUACUCUGGCCAGGACAGAUGAGGCUCGAGGCCUUCUUUGGCUGAUGGAGGAGGAGGCUGUUCAGCCUGGGGGUUCAGAAGAAACCAUGCUGGAGAGACUCUUUAGCUACUACGGCUCUGCACAGGGAGAAAACAAAGGAUCCAGUCUGCUGCUACGAGGAGAGAAGCCCCACGUCUUCCUGCUGGGCCACAGCCACGGGACAGACUGGGUUGAGUACAACGCUCAGGGCUGGCUGAGCCACGCCAAGCACAACCAUGCCGCCCAGAACGCUGCCACACUGCUGCAGGACUCCCAGAAGAAGAACAUCAGCGGGCUGUUUAUGGGCCGGGCCAGUGGGGCCACAGUGUUGUCGGGCUCCAUCGCAGGUCUAGAGGGCAGCUCGCAGCUCGCCCUGCGACGAGCCACCAGUAUGAGGAAAACCUUCACCACAGGAGUGGCUGCCGUCAAGAAGAAGAGCCUGUGUAUCCAGGUCAAACUCCAAGUGGAUGCUCUGAUUGACAUGGUGCGUCGCUCCAAGGUUCACUUCAUCCACUGCCUGCUGCCCAAAGCAGAGGAAGUGAGUGGAGGAGGUGAUCCCCGUGUUACGCACGGAGAGAGCCCCGACGCAGGCCUCAUGACUUUGGACGUGGGCCUCCUGAGAGCUCAGCUCAGAGGAUCAAAGUUGCUGGAUGCACUGCGCAUCUACAGGCAAGGAUACCCAGACCACAUGGUGUUUUCUGAGUUCCGCAGGCGCUUUGAUGUCCUGGCCCCACAUCUGACCAAAAAGCACGGCCGCCACUACAUUGUCACAGAUGAGAAAAGAGCAGUGGAGGAGUUGCUGGAGUCCUUGGAACUGGAGAAGAGCAGCUACCACAUGGGGCUGAGCAGGGUGUUCUUCAGAGCAGGGACUUUGUCUAGGCUUGAGGAGCAGCGGGACAUUCAGACCAGGAGGAACAUCUCUCUGUUCCAGGCUGCCUGCAGGGGAUACCUGGCUAGACAGGCCUUCAAGAAGAGGAAGAUCCAGGAUCUGGCCAUCCGCUGUAUCCAGAAGAAUAUAAAGAAGAAUCGUGGUGUCAAAGACUGGCCAUGGUGGAAGCUCUUCACGACCGUCAGACCUCUGAUAGAGGUGCAGCUCACUGAGGAACAGAUCCGCGGCAAAGACGAAGAGAUCCAGCAGCUGAAGCAGAAGCUGGAGAAGGUGGAGAAAGAGAGGAAUGAGCUGAGACUCAACAGUGACCGCCUGGAGAGCCGGAUCACAGAGCUGUCAUCAGAGCUGGCUGAUGAGCGGAACACCGGGGAGUCGGCCUCCCAGCUGCUGGAGACUGAAACUUCUGAGAGACUCCGCCUGGAGAAGGACGUGAAGGACCUGCAGGCCAAGUUUGACAGCAUGAAGAAACAGAUGGAAUCCAUGGAGAUAGAGGUGAUGGAGGCUCGACUCAUCAGGGCUUCUGAACUCAAUGAUGAGAUGGAUGAUGACGACACAGGAGGAGAGUGGAGGCUUAAGUAUGAACGAGCCAUCAGGGAGAUUGAAUUCACCAAGAAGAGACUGCAGCAGGAGUUUGAUGACAAGCUCGAGGUGGAGCAGCAGAACAAACGGCAGCUGGAGAGGAGGAUCAGCGACUUGCAGGCCGAUAAUGAGGAGUCCCAGCGAAACAUUCAGCAGCUGAAGAAGAAAACCCAACGACUGACGGCUGAAUUGCAGGACACCAAACUUCACUUGGAGGGCCAACAGAGCCGCAACCAUGACCUGGAGAAGAAGCAGAGGAAGUUUGACAGUGAGCUGAGUGCAGCCCAGGAGGAGGUCCAGAGGGAGAAGAGCCUGAAGGAGAAACUGGCCCGAGAGAAAGACAUGCUGACCGGAGACGCUUUCAGCCUCCGGCAGCAGCUGGAGGACAAGGACCUGGAGGUGUGUGCAGUCAACCUGAAGCUGGAUCAGCUGGAGGCCGAGCUGCAGGACCUCAACUCCCAGGAAUCCAAGGAUGAGGCAUCGCUGGCCAAGGUGCGAAAGCAGCUUCGCGACAUGGAGGCCAAGGUGAAGGACCAGGAGGAGGAGCUGGACGAGCAGGCCGGCACCAUCCAGAUGUUGGAGCAGGCCAAGCUGCGUCUGGAGAUGGAGAUGGAGCGUUUGCGUCAAACCCAUUCCAAGGAGAUCGAGAGCAAAGACGAUGAGGUGGAGGAGAUCAGACAGUCCUGCAACAAGAAGUUGAAGCAAAUGGAAGUCCAGCUUGAAGAAGAGUACGAUGAGAAGCAGAAGGUGCUGAAAGAGAAGAGAGAGCUGGAGUCAAAGCUUCUGUCAGCACAGGACAAGGAGAGAGGUGGUGACAUAGAGACUGAGAAGCGUUUGAGGAAGGACCUGAAGCGAACCAAGGCUCUGCUGGCUGAUGCCCAGAUCAUGUUAGACCACAUAAAGAACAACGCACCCAGCAAGAGGGAGAUCGCCCAGCUCAAGAACCAGCUGGAGGAGUCUGAGUUCACCUGCGCGGCUGCAGUUAAAGCUCGUAAGUCCAUGGAGGUUGAGAUUGAAGACCUACAUGUUCAGAUGGAGGACAUCUCCAAAACAAAACAGGCGCUGGAGGAGCAGCUGAGUCGUCUGCAGAGAGAGAAGAAUGACCUGCAGUCGAGGAUGGAGGAGGACCAGGAAGACCUCAACGAGCUGAUGAAGAAACACAAGGCUGCUGUCGCCCAGUCGGCCCAGAACCUGGCUCAGAUCAGUGACCUACAAGCCCAGCUGGAGGAGGCCCUCAAAGAAAAGCAGGAGGUUCAGGAGAAGAUGCAAGCCCUCCAGAGCCAACUGGAGUUCCAGGAGCAUUCUAUGGUGGAGAAAUCCCUUGUCAGCCGGCAGGAGGCCAAGAUCCGCGAGCUGGAGACAAAGCUGGAGUUUGAGAAGACCCAGGUCAAACGCCUUGAGAGCCUUGUAGCUCGUAUUAAGGAGAACGUGGAGAAGCUGACGGAGGAACGAGACCAGCGCAGCAGCAGCGAGAAUCGAGAGAAGGAGCAGAACAAACGUCUGCAGAGACAGAUCCGCGACAUCAAAGAGGAGAUGGGUGAACUGGCCAAAAAGGAAGCCGAGGCUGGACGCAAAAAACACGAGCUGGAAAUGGACAUUGAGAGCUUAGAGGCUGCUAAUCAGAGCCUGCAGGCAGACCUCAAGCUGGCCUUCAAAAGAAUCGGUGACCUCCAGGCAGCCAUCGAGGACGAGAUGGAGAGUGACGACAAUGAAGACCUUAUCAACAGUUUGCAAGACAUGGUGACAAAAUAUCAGAAAAGACAGAACAAAACUCAGGGGGAUUCAGACAUAGACUCUGAGGUGGAGGAUCGUGUGGACGGGGUGAAGUCCUGGUUGUCCAAAAGCAAAGGUUCCACCAAGAACCUAUCAGAUGACGGCAGCCUGAAGAGCUCCAGCCCCCCUGGCCGAAGACGCUACUGCUUCGAUAUAUCUGAUGAAGAGGAGGAGGAGGAAGAAAAAGAAGGCGGGGCAACCCAGGGCGCCUACUACUCUCGAUAUAGAUAUGGCAGCCAUAUGAAAAACGAUGGCAGCGAGGACAGGCCUUAUGAGACCACAUCAUAGUACUCGCUGUCAGCAUCCAUCCUCUGAAACACGCCCUCAUUCAACUGUGACAGUUUGUCUUGCAUGCAAAGUUGACCCCAAAAUGUGGUCAGUCUGACACAAUAAUACACUUAAACACUUACAACCCUACAGGAAAACACAGACAUUCAAAUACUGUAGAUGUUCCUAACACUCAGUUAAGAUUCCCAUGGCAGAUCCUCACAGGAUUUGGUCAUAGUUUGACAAACCACAUGGUCUUUUUGACUCGGCACUCAUCAGUCUAACCUCACUGCACACACCGCAGCUCCGUUAUUAACAACAUGACUCUGCUGGUUACAUGCAUGCAGUUGCUUGGCUUGAGUAGCCAUCCUGUUUAACUCCCACCAUGGUUGUAACUGAGCCAAAGAACUUGAGGUUGCGAUGAUAAUAGAUUACUUUGUUCUCUCUCUUUGUCUCUUCCUCUCUUCUUUACAUAUAGUACACCACAAUAUGUAUUGCCAUAGUACAAUGUAUUACCAAAAAGCCUUUGUUCAAGUAUGUGUGCACACUGUUUUACUUAUUGCCAAUUAAUGCUGAGUCCUGGGUAAAGUCCCCACCGUUUUUUCUUCUUCUUCUUUGCUUUUCGGGACAAGUGCCAUUUGAUUUAAGCGGGGUCCUCUACAGCUGGCUUCUCUGAAGCUGUGGCAUUUCAUGAACUGCAGCGCCAUACACUGAAGACUCUCUCAACAUCAUCUGCUUGCUUUUUGUUUGCCUGAAAAGUUUUCUGCCUUUUCCUGGCAAAUUAUCUCUUCCUUAAAGAGGAAAAGUAUUCCAUCACUAACUGCCUGGCCAUGAAAGGGAACCGUUUUUCUCCAUUUGAAUCAUUAGGUUUUGAUGUUUGAAGAUUUGUUUUGCAGAGGCCUGCCAUCAAGCAAAUACACUUCAAUGAGGUUUGAGCUUACCUAUGUGAAAUGCCUUGUCUUAUUUUCAUUUCGAGUACUUGCCAGAAUUCUUUAGUGAUGAAGAGACUGUGGCUUUGUCCUUGUGCUUGUUGUUCACAUGCUGUCCGUGUUUUGUUUUAAGUUUGAUGUGCUUUCCUUUUCCAAAGGGAAUGUACUUAACUUUAGGCACCAGUUGUUGGUUUCUCACAAAGAGCAUAUGGUAUCCUCAACCAGCAUGUUAAAGGAAAAAGCUGGUGUCAUUCUGUAUUUUUCUUACUAUCAACAAAUCAUGUGGAAAGACCAAAACCAACAAUGUGUGUUGUCUUGACCUUUGGGAAGAGUAUGUGUAACAAAAUAUUCUCAGCUCAAAGGGCCACUUUUUUUUUUUUUUUUUUUUGGAGCUUUCAACCACAUCUCUCAGGGAAUGGAGCUGGCUCAGGUGUCAUCACAACUCUUAGUCCUAAACCUGUUGGUUCCUACUGAAGACAUAAAUCUUAAAAAAAAAAAAAAAUGCUCACAACUAUAGUUUGAUUUAAAAAAAAAAAAAAAAAAAGGCUUUCCUAAUUUGCAGUCCAGUUUAACAAACUGGGACUAUGCUAAUGCUAUUCAAUAAUAACAGCUAGCUUGGUCGCUAACCGAACAAUAAGAUGAUUCACAGUUUAUUCAAAAAACGUACUUGUAUCAUCAAUUCUUGAUUCAUAACUGUCUGAAAACCACUCCACUUUUGUGGAGCAGUUUAUACUCCAGUAGAGCGGGGUUCUAUAAAAGUGGAUGGUGCAACACAGCUGAUAGGACUAAUUUGAACCAACACGUAAUUUGUUUGAAUUAAUCUGAACACAACACACAUAGUCUGUCCUAAAAUAUGUUGUGGAAUUAACAUUGUUCUGUUCAUUCACUGUGCCUCCGCUGCCUGACUUAAGUGACAAGCUAACAUUACUAUGAGAUAGUUGUACAAAGCCAGAAAAUAGCCUGACCUAUAUAUGAUUUUUCCAUUUAUGGUGUCAAAUCCAAAUGCUUCUACACAUUACUUCUCAGAUGAUUUGGUCAUGAUUAUUUGCUCAGCAUGGCUAACUAGCUUUCUCCUUUUUGCGCUAGCAAAAAGAACAUUAGCCUAGUUACAGAUAGGGCAACAGGGCAUGCAAUAGAUCAGUGACAGUGCAAGGCACACCCUGUUGCACUUAUACACUGAGAAUUCAUAAUUCAAAUAGAUCAUUACAGAUUGAAUAUUCUUUUUUUUUCCCUUGUCCCACAAACUUAAAAAAGAAAGUGACAGGCCUAUCAGCUAAUAGGCUAUGAUAGUUUCUGCUUUGGAUUCUCUGGCUCUCUGUCCCCUCAAACGUCGGCACUGUCAGGAUGAUUUGCUAUUAGUCAAUGGUGCCACUGAUUGCAGUGAUUCCUUUGAAAUUGAUAUUCCCUUGGAUUCAUGUCUUUUCAUGGGUUUUGAUGGAAAAAAAGGAAAAUCUAGAAUAUCACCAGCCUUUUCCUUUAAAGCUUCAUUGGGUACUUUAACUGUAACUUCAUUAAUUGGACACACUACAGUUGUACCAAUAUGAAUGUGAAAACAUGUUCAGUGUCUUUAAGGCCUGUUUAUUUAUCAGGUUUUCUUUUUUGUAACCCAGUGAUGCCUCUAAACAGCAAGAAAAUAGGAACCUGCUUUUUAACGGUUGCUUAAGUGUUACAUCACACCCUUUGGUCAUCUGUCUGGUACUUACUGAGUAUUUGUGGAUGUUCUUCAUUGUGGGAAAUGUUGAGUGUGAUUCUAUUAUACAGCACAUGCUUUUUGUAGACUGUUGUCUUCAUUUUUAUUCUCUAUGCAGUCAACACAAGUGUGGAAAUGUGUUAUUUGACCUUAUUGACUCUGAUCAAAGUGUCUUGCUUCAACAGAAAAAAACUAAAGAGCAGACAUAAUAUUGCUGACUUCACACAGUAUUUAUAUAUAAAUAUGUGUAUGAUUCAUGCUAGCUUUGAAAAUAGUUCAUGUUUAUUUUCAUUAUUGAACAAAUUGACCACUUGUUAUAAAUUUUGCAUUACGGUUUAAUAUACUGUAAAUAAAUGAUGGUGAUGUUUUA